AUGCUAGUGCCAAAGAAAUGCCAUGGUGCUCCUAGCUUACUCGUGGCUGUAGCCGCUCCAACAUUAAUGAGAACCAGGUCAGAGGAUCAGGUGAACAUUUUCACUGAGAAGCAGAGCAAUGGAUGUUGGUGGUGGAAAGAAAGUGAUGGAAUCGGUUAUGACUUUGUUAGGCAUUGGAUUCGAAAGACAACAAUGCUAACUAUAUGCAUCUAUAAGUUAGAGUUGAUCAACUCAGUUUUCGUCUCUUUGCUAUAUAAUAUUCUAUCCGGUUCUUUUAAUACAAUGUUUUAA